AUGGUCGACUACGGCACGAACAACGCUUCGAAAGGUCGGACAGCGCCGGCCAACGAUGUGGAAGCUGGCACUCGAGCACAGGCAGACGCUUCAUCACUGCAAGAGUCAAGCUCGCUCCUGGGCAACGGCAGCAAAAGCAAUGCCAAAAGUGCGUCCUCACGACCGCAUGCUUACUGCACUGUCAACGUGAGCAGCGCAUGGGGUGACCUUGCGCUGCUGUUCUGCUAUGUCAUCACGGGACUUCUGGACAGUAGCAGUGUCUACACCUGGGGAAGCUUCGUGUCCAUGCAGACAGGCAAUACCGUCUACCUUGGCUCCGGCAUCGUCGCACCUUCUGACGACAACAAGUGGAUCCGGGCUCUGACGUCAAUCGUCUUCUUCUGCCUCGGCAGCUUCAUCUUCUCCCGCUACCACCGAUACUUUGGCGGCAAGAAGCGAUGGGUCAUUGUCCUGUCCUACACCAUCCAGCUUAUCAUGAUUGUCGUGUCGGCGGUCAUGAUCACACUCAGCCCAGCAGAAGGACUAACACCAAAAGGACCCAUCACAAUGUGGAGCGUCAUUCCCAUCGCGCUCAUAGCUUUCCAAUCAGCUGGCCAAGCAGUCAUGAGCAGGGUGCUACAGCACGGCGGAUUGACGAGCGUGGUCCUGACAUCGAUCUACUGCGAUCUGUUCUCCGACCAGAAGCUGUUCACGGAUCUGACGACGAAUGCUGAGCGGAACAGACGAGCCGCCGCGCCACUUCUACUACUUCUCGGAGCAAUGCUUGGAGGCAUAUGGUCUCAUAGUGAGGUCGGUUUAGCUGGUGCAGCAUGGACAGCAGCAGCGCUGAAGCUAUUCGUGAUUGUAGCGUGGUGUCUGUGGGCAGCGGAGAAAGACGAGAACUCGACAGAGUAA